AUGGUUUUCGCAUCGUGUACGUUGCCAGCUCCAAAAAGUUUCGGCCAGUACGGUUCGAUGCUUAUAAUUUCUAGGGAAUAUUUGCCGAAAAUUCUGGGAAGUGCAUUUGUGACAACAGUUGGCGAAUAUCAUGGCUAUGAUCCGAACAUUGAUCCCACAAUAACCAACGAGUUCAAUUCUGCCGCAUUUCGAUUCGGACAUGGAAUGAUUCAGGUUUUCUUAUCAGCAACGAGCAACAAAAAUGCACAAAAAUUUGCUUAA